UUUCUCUUUGUUGUUUGUUCGUACGAAGUCGGGCAGAAUGCCAUAAAGCCAGAGGCUGCGGCGAGCAAGCAAACUGUGACACUUUGGGCGGGUCAUUGCACUUUGAAGAUGGCGGUUCCACCGGCCAAGCGCGAGUCCACCGACCUCAAUGCCUUCUUCUCACUCUAUUCCAACUAUAUAUGGAACCGAAUCUCCGCUUUCUUUCCCUCUCCCUCGAAUUUUCUCGGCAAAAUUCCGAAUCCCUACCGCCGCACCGCUCCCGAUCGAUCACGCCGACGCAAGCCCCAUCUCCCUCUUCCGUUGCCUUCCAUUUCACUCGACUCGUCUCUGGACACAUCUGAGGCUUCUGGAAUUUUUUAUGUUCUGGAAGAUAUCUUGGAGCAUAUAUUUUCAGAUUUGCAUAGCAUCCAGAAGAACUUACAUUUUUGGCAAUCUAAAGCAGAGGAAUCAAAUGCUCGGAAAGUGUACUUCAUGAUUUUUGAGAGGGGACCUAGGGCUUUUGUCAAGGGGACAGCCCAGCUGAUUCGCGAAUCUAUUGCUGAAGGUUUUGGCAUGCAACAUCUCUCGCUUUCUGCUUCUGCUCUUAUAGCUGAGAGGAUAUCUGUCCUAACUAGCUUAAGAUAUUACCUAGCUACUUUUCUGGCACAGGUGUACAUAGAGGUUGACAGAUUUGCAGAGGAAUUAGUAAAGGAUCCUGAGAAGUCAUUACCCUUUUUGCUUGUCACUAUUAAUGAUCUUUUUUCCAAAUUGGAAGCAUCUAUUAGCCAUCUUCAUGCAAUACACCAGAGUGAUUCUUCCACUGAUGAAAGCCACAUUUCCCCUCUAAUCUUUGAGAAACUGCCAGGAGUUGGCCAGGAAGAUUCUCAAUUGUCAGAUUGUGAGAUUAGAAAUGCUAUUGAUUUAAUUUAUCAAAAUCUACACAAACUGGAUUCUUACUUAACACAUCUUGUUGCCAAACACCGGAAGCCAAGGAAAGUGACUUUAAAUUGGAUGCGUUAUACAUGUGGGGUUGUUGGCAUUUCAGUCUGUUCAAUAUGGCUCCUAAAGCAUAGCAGAUUGAUGGGAAGUUCUGACAUUGAUAGAUGGAUCCGUGAAGCCAAGGACUCAACUAUUAACUUUUGGAAUGGCCACGUAGAGCAACCGCUUCUGUCAAUAAGAGAUGAAAUUUUUGAGACAUUCAGAAGGAGGCACAAAGGUGUGAUGGAGCUUGAAGAAGUGCAGUUAACUGCCAACUCUCUGCACAGAAUGUUGUUGGCUUUCAGUGAGCAGACAAAAGGUCAAAAGUUUCCUGAGAAUGCAUCAGACCAGGAAAUGCUUGAAAUAGUUAUGGCCAGGUAUGAGAAGGAACUUAUGCAUCCAAUUCAGAGUCUUGUUGGGGGAGAGCUUGCUCGUGCUUUGCUUAUCCAGGUUCAGAAGCUAAAACUGGAUAUUGAGACGGCAAUGCUUGAACUAAACCAGAUUCUCAGGGCCAACGAGAUCAAUUUUGCUAUCCUUGCUGCUUUACCUGCAUUUUUUCUCUCCCUUCUUCUGCUCAUGCUGGUUCGUGCCUGGUUAAAACAGGAUACUAGAGCAGAAGGUAGGGGAAGGAUUGCUAGACUCCAAAGACGACUUCUAAUUGCGGAGGUUGAGAGAAGGAUUAUGCAGUUCCAAAUUUGCUUAGAUCAAGGACUGGAAAAGGACGCUGAAUGCAUGUAUGGAUUGGUUUUGUACAGUCUUGACCGCCUAUGUGGUGCUGUGGAGAGGCAUGCCAAGGGAACUGGGGAAUGGCUAUGCUUGAGACAGGAUAUUGUGGAUCUGGGGAAGCCUGGUCUUCAAACUGCGUACAAGCUCACCAUCACGUCUCGCAUGGAACGGCUCUACGAUAGCCUGCUUCCUUCCUCCAGGCGCCGGUAGAUCGUUUUUUUCCCUUCCCAGGUUUGCGCGAUCCAUCAGAAGCACAAAAUACCUUUUCCAUAUCCGAGUGAGUGAUUCUUGGCAGAGAGGGUUUUUGUUUAUUGUUUACAUAUUGCAUGUAUGAAAAAAUUUUGGUUGGUUCCGUUCCAGAGGUAAACAAUUCGAACCAUCCAUCUGGAAGGACUGUUUUAUUUCAUGGACACUAAAAUUGGUACUCGAUGUCACAUACAUUAUUUUUAGCAAAAAAAUCGCAUAUCAAUAGAUGUUCUAUAAAGAUAGUUUCGAUUUA